AUGGCAUUUACAGAGCCCCUCACACGCACCCUCUCCAACGAGUCCACCCGCUCUUCCUCGCACUCACAUCCACUGUCCGCAGUGUCCUCCUCGGCAUCCUUGUCAAAGAAAGCACGACAAGCCGAGAUGGACAGCAGCGGCAGCUUCGGUGAAGUCGAACGCGCUAGCAUUUCCAUGCCCCCGCCGGCUCCAAAGCCUAUCUCCCGCUACUCCUACCAAACUUCUUCACGCCGCGGGUCAAGAAUUUCUGACAGCCACUGGCUUAGCCCGCUACAUGCAGAGUACGCCGCGGACGACUUCGUAGCCAGUAGCGACGACGCAAUGGCGCUCCCCGAGGACGCGGAUGCCGCUGUGCAAGGUACGCUCUCGGGCACGAUCCGGCGGCCGAGUAUGGAAAGUGGACGCAUGAGCUUCUCUUCGUUGUAUGGACGUGGGUCAACUGCUCCUAGCUCUGUUGCUGGAGGCUCCGAGCCAGACGUCGCCAUGAGGCACGAACUCGCUGAUCGUAUUCGGACUGCGGUUCAUCGAGACCAUGUCACGACCUCCAUGCAGAAUGGCUCUCUUUCGCCCUCCUUCAGUGGCGGCAGUCUGCACAACUUGGCAACAUCUGCACCGGCUGCAGCUCCAAUCUCACCACCAUCCGGAACCACUGUUCGUAGCACAGGCGGGCGUACUAGGGGCCGUACACCUGGUGUAUCAAGACGAGUCUCAACCAGUGGGCAGAACUCUGCCUCGCCCUCCGCCGAUCGAAGUCUCGCAAGCAAUCCGAACCGCAUUGGUACUAUCGGUAUAUGCGCCCUCGAUAGCAAGGCCCGAUCGAAACCAUCACGGAACAUCCUCAACAGAAUGCUUGGCAAGGACAACGAGUUCGAUGUCAUCAUCUUUGGCGAUAAAGUGAUCUUGGACGAGAGUGUAGAGAAUUGGCCUGUGUGCGACUUCUUGAUUAGCUUCUUCAGCGAUGGCUUUCCAUUGGAGAAGGCGAUCGAGUACGCUCGGCUAAGGAAACCCUUCUGCGUCAACGACUUGCCCAUGCAGACGAUAUUGUGGGACAGGCGAUUGUGCUUGCGUAUACUCGACCUCAUGGCUGUCAGGACACCGAAGCGUCUGGAGAUCAGCCGAGAUGGUGGACCAGUGAUCUUGAGCCGCGACAUAGCAGCACGUGCUAAUGAGCUUACUGGUCUGAAGCUUGAAGGCAGUGAUAAUGGUCGAGGAGGAGGGGAAGCUCCACCAUAUGACGUUCACGUGGAAGACGACAACGAUACCCUGGUUGUCAACGGUCGUAAGUUGACAAAGCCAUUCGUGGAGAAGCCUGUUAGCGGCGAGGACCAUAAUAUCAACAUAUACUACCCGAAGUCACAAGGAGGAGGUGGGCGAAGACUGUUCCGAAAGAUCAACAAUAAGAGCUCGGAGAAGGAUGAUAAGUUGGAAAUCCCACGUGCCAUCACCGAGCCGGAGCAGAGCUACGUCUACGAACAAUUCCUGAAAGUUGAGAAUGCUGAAGAUGUGAAAGCCUACACCGUCGGUCCUGACUUCUGCCACGCCGAAACUCGAAAGUCACCCGUCGUGGACGGUAUCGUUAAGCGCAACCCAAACGGCAAGGAACUUCGCUACGUUACUAGCCUGCGCAAAGAAGAGCAAGAGGCGGCUGCAAAGAUUGCUACGGGGUUUGGUCAGCGGGUUUGUGGGUUUGAUAUGUUGAGGGUGGGCGAUAAGAGCUAUGUGAUUGAUGUUAAUGGGUGGAGUUUUGUGAAGGAUAACAAUGAGUAUUAUGAUCAAUGUGCGAGGAUUAUGAAGAGUAUGUUUAUCCGGGAGAAGUUGAGGUGGGAACGAGGACCUGCCACGCCUAGUGAGGAUAGUGAGGGUGAUGUGUUGGGUGCGGGAACGCCGCCGAGGAGGAGCAUGACGCUGGGGAGGGAGAAGGAGAACGCGAGGAAUUCUUCCGAGAAGGCACGGAGUGGUGAUGGGCAGGCUGGACACUACAAUGCGCUUAAGAGUGUGUUUGGUUCGAGGUCGUUUAGUCAGCUGCGGGAUAGUGUGUCCAAUGCGGCGCACAAGGUCGGCCAUCCUCAUGGUGCGAGGAGUCCGAGUGGUACGACGAGCCCUCUGACUAGUCCAGCGAGUAUGGAGCGCCAGGCGAAUCUGCCACUGAAAAGAGGACCGGCCAUGCCUUCCAAUAUCGACGAGGUUCUCCCGCCACCGGCUGUCAAUACUUCGAAUGGCCCGAGUAGUCAGGAUACAUCCAGCGCAGAGACUGUGCUCGAAGGGCCUGUACCGACUGCUCGCGAACCAGAGCCUAUGGAUCUUCCUGCUCCUGCUGUGAAGUCGCAAUGGAAAUUGAAGGGUAUGGUGGCCGUCAUAAGACACGCGGAUCGCACACCCAAGCAGAAGUUCAAGUUCACUUUCCACACCAAACCUUUUGUCGAUCUAUUGAAAGGGCAUCGCGAGGAAGUAUUAUUGGUCGGUGAAGCGGCUCUGGAGAGUGUGGCUCGUGCGGUCGAGAUGGCACAGAAGGAAGGACUGGAGGACAAGGCGAAGCUGGCGACGUUGGCUAAUGCUUUAAGGAGGAAAAGAGGAUUGGUGGGCACGAAGGUGCAGAUCAAGCCCAUGUUCAAGAAGCCUAAGAAGGAGGAGAAGGGUACUCUGGGUGAAGGGGGCGAGAUGGCUGCUGUGCCGGCGCCGGCUGAAACUCCUACGACUGAUGCCACGAGUACCACAGCAGGCAAGCACCAGAAGCGACAGGAUUCGAUCUCAGAAGUCACUCUCUCCCGUGCUGCGGCUGCCGACAAUAAUUUGGUCCUCGACAAACUGCAGCUGGUGAUGAAGUGGGGUGGUGAGCCCACCCAUUCUGCUCGAUACCAGGCUUCCGACCUGGGCGAGAACAUGCGCAAUGACUUGAUGCUCAUGAACCGCGACGUCAUCUCCAAUACCCGCAUCUUCACCUCUUCCGAGCGCCGCGUCACGACUUCCGCCCAGAUCUUCGCUUCUGCUUUCCUGGACCAGAAGGAUCUGGACGCCGAUCCGGAUCUUAACGGCAUACGGACACGGAAAGAUCUUUUGGAUGAUAGCAAUGCGGCGAAGGAUGAAAUGGACAAAGUGAAGAAGCGGUUGAAGGGGCUUUUGAGGAAAGGUGAGAAGGCUCCUGAACAGUUUGCUUGGCCUAAGGAUGGCACGCCGGAGCCGUAUCUGGUUGUGAGGGAUGUGGUGGAUUUGAUGAGGUUUCAUCGGAGGGUUAUGGGGGCGAAUUUUGCAAGGUUGAAGGGUAGUGAGGCUGUUGUUGCGCUGGAGAAGCUGAAGCAUCCGGAGAAAGGGGCUGGUGGGGCGAGUAGUGCGGAUGGUUCUGGUGCGGCGGCGCAGGGUCCGGGGUGUGAGGGCGAGGCGGUGCAGGCGAAGGCUUCUGAGGUGCAACCUAGGUGGUGUACUGGUGAAGAUGCAGAACUGUUCCGUGAACGGUGGGAGAAGUUGUUUGCGGAGUUUGUGGAUGCGGAGAAAGUGGAUCCUAGUCGGAUCUCGGAGUUGUACGAUACGAUGAAGUUUGAUGCCUUGCAUAAUCGGCAAUUUCUGGAGUGGGUGUUUACGCCUAGAGGUGGGGAGGAUGAGGAUGAGGCGGAGAGGAUGGCGAGUGAGGCUGGGAUGCCGGGGUUGGCGAGGACGGAGAGUAAGGUUGCCAGGGAGGAGUUCUGGGCUAGCCAUGAGGCUGGGGUGGGUGUGAAGGAGGAUGAUGGGAAGGAAGGUGAGGCUCAUGUGGACGGCAAGCAACAGGCAAGGACGGAUACUAUGGCAAGCGGUGCAAAAUCGUCGACAUUGAGCGACCGUGCGGGCAUCCGUCGACGAAGUCAAGAACUUAUGAAUGUUGUUCGGCCGGCCAUUGUGUUUCGGGAAUCCUACUUCAACCUCUUCACCGGUGAUACAAGUCUGCCAACCUCCGCCGCGAAGCACGAUGCUCGUCUCGAUAAGCUGAAUAAGCUGUAUACGCUGGUGAAGACACUCUUCGACUUCAUCGGACCACAGGAGUAUGGUAUCACGGAAGAUGAGAAACUCGAGAUCGGUCUUCUCACAUCCCUCCCAUUGCUGAAAGAAAUUGUGAAAGAUCUGGAGGAAGCGCAAGCAAACGAAGACGCCCGCAGCUUCUUCUACUUCACAAAGGAGUCCCACAUUUACACUCUCCUGAACUGCAUCCUCUGCGGCGGCAUCCGCAGCAAAAUCGCGCGCAACGCCAUCCCGGAGCUCGACUAUCUGAGCCAAAUCUGCUUCGAGCUCUACGAAGCUGAAGACACCGAACACCCCAUCGACCCCGAACACCCAGACCAAGUCUACUACAACUACUCCAUCCGCAUCGCCAUCAGUCCAGGCUGUCAUACCUACGAUCCACUGGACGUACAGCUAGAUAGCAAGCAUACUAUUGGGCGUGCGCCACGCAGGACCUUGAUGCCGCAUACGGAGUGGAGGGUUGUACUGGAGACAUUGAGGGAGAAGUUCGAAAGGGUUGACUUGCCGAGGAGUUUUACGGCGGUCAAUUUGAGUGAGAAGAUGGGAGGGGAGGGUGGUGGUGCUGAGAGUGAAGGGCUGGUGCCUAAAGAGGAGGUGAAGGGAAUACGACACCACCGGUACGUCGGCCGACGUUGA